UGCAUAAAUGUGAUCCGUCGCCGUUUAUGAAGAGGUCGAACUUGGUGUCGUCGGACAGACUUGCGAACUAGUGUAUCUGGAGCAGUCACGUUUUAACAGUUUUCCAGUUUUCUUAUAUGGAAUAUAUUUUCAACAGAAAGGAUGGUUGUACGGACGGCAAAAGCACAUUCUCAUCAGAUGGAGAACGAGAUGCACAAAUGCCAGACUUGUGAUAAUGGCACUACACUCUGCAUGAAUAUUUGGAAUAAAUUUGAUCUUGGACCACCGACACCACCAGGAUCGCCUCCUCAUGAAACAAUGAGUGAUUUUCCUGAACUUGAUGGAUUUAACUUAAGUGACAAUGAUGUUGAAUUCUUUGACAGUAGAGAAGAAGAUGUUCUCGCGACAAUGAAGCACAUUUUUGCUGAAGGCACUCCGUUGAAUUUGCAGUCAAAAUUGAUACAGGAUUGUAUGUGGUCUGGAAAUUUAGCAAAGGGAUAUGUUGACCAGAAAAGUUGUAGUUCAUCAACGGAAACAAAUGCUGCUGCCGACUGUGUUGAUCCAACAUCAGUGUUUCCUUAUCCUAUGCAUAACAUUACUGACAAAUACAUGACAGAAACGAGGGUGGAUAAUCUGCAAGGCCUCGAGACCCCUUCUGAUUCAGAAGAAGAAAUUGAUGUUGUCACAGUCAGAGAACAGAUGAGCGAAGACUUUGAGCCAUCAAAAAUCAGAAAGUCCACAACGAUACCAGCUAGGUGUAUAAAAACGGAACGUGAGGAUAAUGACUAUGCAGUUGCAAUAAAAUCCCCUGUGAAAAGUUCUAUAACACUGAAAGUGAAAGUAGACUGUCCUACAGAUGUACACAACUACAGUCUUCCACAUUCACACUCAUUGAAACGUGUGAGAUCCAGUCUGGGGUCGCCCUCAAACUCUAUACCAAACUCUAAACGGAUUAAACGUGAAUUAAGUCAAAUCAGUGUUCCAGAAUUUCAAAAAACUCUGUGUCAAAAGCUUUCUCGGGCGGGAACAAGUAGUGGCUGUAGUAGUGCUUCAUCCAGCAGGAGCAGUUCAGACUCUGAGGAGUGUUGUGAGGGGGGCAAACGGACUCAACAUAAUGUGUUAGAAAGGAAAAGGAGAAAUGACUUGAAAUAUAGUUUCUUUACACUCCGUGACAGUGUUCCAGAACUUUCACAACAGGAAAGAGCUCCAAAAGUGCUUAUAUUGAAAAAGGCUGCAGAUCACAUACACAGACUCAAUCAUGAAAGCCUUAGGUUGGAGAAGGAAACCGACAUUCUUCGUGCAAAAAAUGACCAGUUGAGAAGAACUUUGAACAAACUUCAAGUUAGGGAUUUUUAGGUGUGUGAUACUAAAUGGCAAUUUGUGGUUAUCCGUAUGGUAUUGAAAUAGAUACUGACAGGAACUCUUGUGUUCAUUAUCCAGGGAUGUGUUCAAUGUUUUUUAUGUGUGUGUGAUCAGCUCUCACUAUAUCACUUCAAUAUAAACAAUCAUGUGCUGUGUUACUAUUUUUGCAUACUCGUGUUAUAUUAUCUAUAUAUAUAUCUCAAGUUAGCUUCUGAAAGUGUUUUUUUCUCGUGUUAUAUAUCAAAUGUGUGCAAAUUGUAGAGCUCUAUAGCAUUUGUCACGAUUCUUCAUUAGACAGGUUUGAUUUACCAUAGCAGUUUAUACCUCAGGUCUUCAGUUUUGUGGUGAUGCGUACACAUAAUCAUUGGAUGGACCAUGUUGUUUACUUGUUAUUAAAUUAUUUUCCAAAACAUUUACGGGUGAUCCAAGUCAAUAUAGUUUCGACUAUAAUGAAAUUUGGUUAUUGGGGAAGAAAUUUAUAACUGAUUUUUAAAGAAAACUAAUGUCUCGAAAUGUUGAGUUAAAUUCAAUAACUGGUUUACAACAGGUUUAAUGACAAUCGUACUGGGAAUUUUUGUAAAAGUACUGGUACAGAUAAGUCAUUUGAGGUAUCUUUUAAUAUGGCUAGGUAGUUGUUUUGUUAAAAAAAAUGUCCUUAAUAAUUCGUUUAUAUAUACAUAUAUAUAUCUAUUGCAAUACAUGUUACAGUAUACUGAGUUUUAUAAGAGUUUUCACAUUUUUGAUUAUUUUAGUUGGUCUGUUGGGCAUUUCCAAUGUAGAACAGAAAGUUCUACUGCCCAACUAAGGUUUCAUAAUUGUUAUCGAUAGAAUAUCAUAAAAUCCAUUAAUGUGAUGUCACAAUAAGGGUCCCAAUCGAAAGUUUGGUGGUUGGAAAGUGUUAUAUCUUAUUGUUAUUUUACAUGUCUGUGUGUUAUUUGAGCUAGCUAAGUAACUUCUAGUAGAUCAAGUUAUAAUGUACUGUAGGAAGUCGUAAGCAAGGAUAUAAGUUUACAAGUGACAUCUCUUUUUGUUUUGUGUAUUAUAGUACAGUGAAUGCUCAAAUGUCAACUAUUAAAUCACAAAGGCAAUACUACAACUGGUUUAUGUAUUUUAAGACGCUCACUGCCUGUGAAUCCUGUGUUCAAAGUCAAA